UCCAAAAACACUCCACUCAUCCCUAUAAAAAGCUCAUCACCCACAUCUCCCUAUCCCUCAGAUUACACAAAACAGUUAGCUCCAAAACUAUACUAUUUUUAGUUAGUCUCAUUCAUUCUCACUUAGCUAGCUACUCCAAUCUAAUCACCACCGUUGAACCUGAAUUUGUAAUCUUAUAACUUAAAUCAAUGGCUACUAAUUCGGUGUCAACCAUCGGAGGAGCUGUGAACAGAGCAACGCUGAACUUAAACGGCGGCGUUUCGGCCUUUUGGGUCAACAGUUUGAAGAAGAUACAGAGCUGUAAGAUAAGGCAAGAGAAAGUUUCAGUGGGGAGGAGAUUGAAGGUAGCGGCGGAAUAUGAUGAGGAGAAGCAAACCUCGAAAGACAGGUGGGGUGGAUUGGCCUAUGACAUAUCAGAUGAUCAACAAGACAUCACCAGAGGAAAGGGUAUGGUGGACUCUCUCUUCCAAGCUCCAAUCGGUUCUGGGACUCAUUAUGCUGUUAUGAGCUCCUAUGACUAUAUCAGUGCUGGUCUUCGCCAGUAUGAUAUGGACAAUAAUAUGGAUGGAUUCUACAUUGCUCCAGCUUUCAUGGACAAACUUGUUGUUCACAUCACUAAGAACUUCUUAAACUUGCCUAACAUUAAGACUCCUCUUAUUUUGGGUAUUUGGGGAGGCAAAGGUCAGGGAAAAUCAUUCCAAUGUGAACUUGUCUUUGCAAAAAUGGGAAUCAAUCCAAUUAUGAUGAGUGCUGGAGAAUUGGAAAGUGGAAAUGCCGGAGAGCCAGCAAAGUUGGUGAGGCAAAGGUACCGUGAGGCGGCGGACAUAGUCAAGAAAGGGAAAAUGUGUUGUCUGUUCAUUAAUGAUCUUGAUGCAGGAGCUGGAAGGCUUGGAGGAACCACACAGUACACAGUCAACAACCAAAUGGUCAAUGCUACUCUCAUGAACAUUGCUGACAAUCCCACCAAUGUCCAACUCCCUGGAAUGUACAACAAGGAGGAAAAUCCUCGUGUCCCAAUCAUAGUCACAGGUAACGAUUUCUCCACCCUCUAUGCUCCUCUCAUUCGCGAUGGUCGCAUGGAGAAGUUCUACUGGGCGCCUACUCGAGAAGACAGGAUCGGUGUUUGUACUGGUAUCUUCAGAACUGACAAUAUCCCUAGGGAGGACAUUGUCAAGCUUGUUGACACAUUCCCCGGGCAGUCCAUUGACUUCUUUGGUGCCCUGAGAGCCAGAGUUUAUGACGAUGAAGUGAGGAAAUGGAUCUCCGGAAUUGGAGUGGAGAACAUCGGAAAGAGACUUGUGAACUCGAAAGAAGGACCCCCAACAUUUGAGCAGCCAAAGAUGACUCUUGAGAAGCUUCUUGAGUAUGGAAACAUGCUUGUUGAAGAGCAAGAAAAUGUGAAGAGAGUUCAGUUGUCAGACAAGUACUUGAAAGAGGCAGCUCUUGGAGAUGCAAAUGAGGACGCCAUCAAGUCCGGAAACUUCUAUGGGAAAGCUGCUCAACAGAUUCACAUUCCUGUCAAAGAAGGUUGCACUGAUCCAUUUGCUGCUAACUUCGAUCCCACGGCAAGGAGUGACGAUGGUAGCUGUGUGUAUCAGUUUUAAUAAAAUUUAUGUUUCACGGAUGUAGCAGAUGAAAGUGUAUUAGAACAAAAAGGACAAUAGGGUCUAAUAAAAAGGGACAUUAAUUAUUGUCAAUAGAUUUCCGUCUUCUAGGAGUGCUUCUGGUGUAUAUUGAUCUUCUCUGAUCUGAUUUGUAAAAUUUUUUAUUGGUUAAAUUUUAUUUUAGAUAAAAUAUUUUAAAAUAUUUAA